GGCGGGGUUAGGGGCAGGAGGGGGGUGGUGAUUUGACCUCUGACACCAUCAUUUUUUUCAUAUUAUUUGCGAUGGGAAGUAAGCAGUUGAGUGUGCAGCCCCGGAGGACUGGAGAUGCAGUGCCCUGGGAUUUACACACACACACACACACACACACACACACACACAGACAUGCAUGCACACACACACACGAACACAUACACACACACACACACACGAACACAGACAUGCAUGCACAUACACACACGAACACACACGCGCACGCAAGGUCUUUGGCCAGGUGUCAGACAGACUCAUUGACGGAAAAGGACUAUGCCAUUUUUAAAAAACAAAAUGAAUAAAAAAAUUACUAUGAAUAAAAUAAGAUAGUGACUCUUUUUGGGAUAUGCUUUUGUUUUUGUUUUUGGGGUUUGAUUAGAGCGAUUUAAACUGCUGGUUUCAUAAAAAACGGAGCUUUGCCAUUUUUUUUUUGUUUUUUUUGUUUUGUUUUUUGGGACUGUCAGUGUAAAUCAGUUUUAAAAAAGAAACGUGUUUCCAGCAAUGAGCGGUGAUAACACCACGAAUCAUGUGAAAACGUUACAGACCUUUUUAUGUUUAUAAAGAAAACAAAAUGGAUGUCAGCUGUUGUAUUUUUUUAAAUUAGAUUUUCAAUUUUUGUUUCUCUAAACUAAACCAAUUGCAGGGAUUUACUGCCACUCUUCUCUUUCCUUGAAGGCAGACGAAUAUUGCACAAUACUAUAACUCUUGGUUAUCUUUUCACAAAUUUGAUGUUCUUACACAAAUUAUAGGUAUUUUAAAUUGUUUUGCAUUCCACUUUUUUUUUUCUUCCUUUAGAAUGUUGUGUAUUGGAGGGCUUCUAAGCGUUUUGUAUGUAAAUAACCAAACAGAGUCUGUUCAAAUGUCCUGAAACUGUAUAAAAAAAGCCUCAUGUUAAUUAUGGAAGCUUGCUUGCUUUUUUGGUGGGGGGGGGGGGGGGAGGGGAAAGGGUGGGAGGGGCUGUUAAAAUUAAUGAAACCUUAGCAGCACUGUUAAAAUGCUGGUAUGUGCAGAGGUUUGGGACAGUGCAACUUUUGAUUCUUCCAGCAGGGGGCAGGACGACAGCAGCAUUGCUAUGCAGUGCAAAACAUUUAGACUGAAGAAAAAAUGUAGAAUUUAAGUAAUUCUGUGUAUAAAAACUAAAUAUUGAUUUUUUGGGUGUUUUUUUAUGGCGUAGUAAUUAGUAUUGUAAAAUACCUGAAUGGAUCGGAAUUUUGCACUGUGUCCCCUUGAAAGUGUUUUAAAAUUGAGUUGGAUGAGACCUGUUGUGUUGCCUUAUUUUGAGUUGAUUUCAUUUUAACCAACCAAUUAUCAUUAAGAGUAGGCAGUGCCUAAGGAUAUUUUCAGACCUUAUGUUUUGAAGCAAUUUUUUUUUUUUUUUUUUUGCGGGGGUGGGGGGGAGGUAGGGUGGGGGUUUUGAUAAUGUUUAUGCUACUAUAACGUGUUCUUGCUUUGUCCCAAUUAAAUGCUGAUGCGUAUAAACCGUAUUGCUUGUGUCAGCUCAUUUUUAUACUGAGAUAUAUUUAAAAUAUAAAAAGAGAUGCACGCAGAUUUGACCGCCGUGGCCGUUAUUUGAGAGUGUUCCAUUUCAUUUGCUGCGGUUGCUGUUACUACUGUUGGUAACUUGGGGAGGUUGAACUUGAUUGCAGAUUUCAAGUCCAUUAGACUGACCACUCUCUAUUGGGAUGGAUGUUUCUUUUUCCCGCUUACUUCGUGUGAGUGAGCCCGUAUGUACAAAGCACGCAGGCAAAUUAUAUUAAGUACAAGUAUAGCCUAAAUUAAGUAUAAUUACCGUUUAUUGUUUAGGUGGAAUUGUUCCACAUUGAUAAUAAAAAAUAAGAGUACUUCGAAUAAAAUUGUAUGCCCACUAAAUGACAAAGCCGUCACGACUGCUCGCCUCGCAAGUUUUCAAGGAAAAACUUAUAAACUGUUACCCAGGCAUAUCUAGAUCCGCCAAAGAAAUAUCGCAAAAUAGCGAGGUAAAGUUACCGCUUCAUCAGUCGCGUAAAACUUCAAUUACCAGGAUGCCCCACCAAAAUGAGGCCAGCCUUCUCGGGCCACGUGACCACCCGACUAUCCAACCGAAUGCCGCGUUACAGCUGCAGUGCCGAGCAGUGUUUGUAAGACGGAAUGGCGACGGUCGAGGGGAAGAAGAUGCUUGCUGUUCUGGGCUGAAACCGACCAUACAGCGCGGGGAUCCUAUCAUAGGUGCUAAAACGCAGAUCUCACAGCACGCUACCACAAUGGAGGCCGCUUCGAUAGAGGCGGGGGUGGCGGUGAGCCAGCCCGCCGUGGUCUCCUCCCCCCCGGCGGUGCCGGCCCCCCCCGGCCUGGGCGGCCGGGCCCGGGACAGGAGGAAGACCCCGGCCUUCCUGUGGAACCUGGGCAAGCCCACGCUGCGGGGCAUACGCAAGUGCCCGCAGUGCGGCGUGUACAACGGCACCCGCGGCCUCAGCUGCAAGAACAAGGCCUGCGGGGCCGUGUUCCGGGACGGGGGGCCCGCGGGGGGGGGGCGCGGCCCCAAGAAGGCCGGGGCCGAGGUGGUGCGGCUGGUGACGGACGGCGGCGGGGGGGAGGCGGGCGGGGCCGGGGGCGGGGCCGGGGGCGGGACGCAGGUGUUCUCGGUCCGGCAGCGGGGGAGGGGCCCCGAGCAGCGCGGCUUCGUGGAGCUGGCGCUGACGGACACGGCCAUCGCCACGGCGGACGGGACGGUGCUGACCCGCGUCAGCCUGGGCCGCUGCUUCCUGUCCGCCUGCCGGCAGGGGCGGGGCGGGGGGCCGGCCCAGGCGCAGCCCCGCCCCCAGCAGCGGCCCGAGAGCCCCUGCGCGCACGUGAAGCAGGCCAUGGACUGCCACGCCCAGGCCACGCCCCUCCCGCUGAAGAGCUCGGUGCUGGACGCCCUCCGGGGCUCCGCCCAGGCGCGGGAGGACCUGUGGCGGCUGGCCGCCGAGUCGCCGGGGCCCCUGGUCCAGCGCGUGUCCCGGGGCACCCUGGUGGUCAAGUGCCACGUGACGGAGUCCCACCCCCUGGGGCUGCUGCACCUGAGCGUGGGGGGGCGGGGCGCGGGCCGGAGCCGGGAGGGGCGCGGGGCGUACUUCCACUGCGCCUGCCAGGCGGGCGGGCAGGCCCGGCGGGGGCCGGGGGCGGGCGCGGGGGCCAGGGGGGCGGGCGAGUUUCCGGGCGAGGCCAGGGACCCGGACGCAGCCGCCCCCCUCCCCCCCUCGCCCCCCGAGGCCUGCCUGCACUUCUUCGCCUGCGUCUGCGCCUUCGCCAGCGACGACAAGCUGGCCGCCGAGUUCUCCGCCUUCCUCAACUACGACACCAACGGUGUACAGGUGAGCCUCGACUGCUCCAUGCUCUGCUCCAGCCCGCAGCAGCAGUCUGAUCCCGGGAGUCACCACAGAUCCAAGAAACUCCGCAUGGAGGACCCCAGCCUGGUGACUGCUCCCACUCUGGCUGUCAGAGAGGGUUCGUCCGCACCUGCUCUGCGGAAGGGGGGACAAAGGAAACACCCCAUUUCCACUGCGCCCAAAAACUCAGCAGACGUCCAGCCGGUUCACGAGAGUCACGUCUCCUUGCCGUUCCGGCAGUGGCUGGCCAGCGUCACCGAGAGGAUCCACCAGACUAUGCACUUCCAGUUCGACGGAAAGCCUGAGCCGCUGGUUUUCCACAUCCCUCAGUCUUUCUUCAACGCUCUACAGCAGCGCCUGUCCCUCGGAUCCAAGAAGAGGAGGCUGCCCAACUCCACCACAGCGUUUGUGCGGAACGAUGCUUUGCCGCUGGGCACCUUCUCCAAGUACACCUGGCACAUCACCAACCUGCUGCAGGUGAAACGCAUCUUCGACACGCAAGAGCUUCCCCUGGAGCUGACGCAGAGUUUUGUGAAGAACCGCGACGGCUCGUUUUCGCCGUUCCGCUGCCAGGAAGCACCCCCCGAGUCUCUGGCCGAGGGGUACGGGCGGGCGGACCGGCCCCAGGCCAUCCGGCCCCUGGAGCUGCGCACCUUCCUCAAAGUGGGCCCCUCCUCCUCCGAGCAGAAGGAGGCCACGCCCUUCGUGAUCGAGUGGAUCCCGGACAUCCUGCCGCGCUCGCGCGUGGGCGAGCUGAGGAUCCGCUUCGAGUACGGGCACCAGCACGGGCACCAGCACGGCGGCCAGCCCGAGGCCUGCGAGGGGGGGGCCCCCGUCGCCGAGGGCAACCACCCCGCCCCCGCCCCCGCCCCCACCCCCGCCCCCAGCCUGGAGAUCAUCCGCGUCGCCGUCCCGUGAGCCGCGGCCGGACAG